CCCUAAUGUAGUGAGCUAGCGCCUUGCCGGCGACACGUCGCGACGACUCGUCCGUAGCACCACGAUACGACUACGACGACGACGACGACUACAACGACGUCGACUACCACCACCACCUCUACCGUCAUCAACCACCACAGCGGCGACGUUGACAAGUGAAGCACAUACGCCACUCGUAUACGACAGUGGCUCCCACAAAAUUCCUAACUCUUUUCAUCAUCAUCAUCCCCGUAAAACUUUUAAAUUUCAUUUUUGACAACCCCAAUUCCCAAUUAUCUAUCCGUCAGUCGUUGUUACAUCGACUCCUCGCCCAUCGUAAAGGACAAUUACCAUCAAUAAUAAAUUGUUUUAUAAAACCGUUUGACAUUACAUCAGUUCAAGAGGUUCGCGCAAAGCCGGGAAGCCGGACGUGAAAAAUAAACCUUUAGUGAGUGAUUAUUAUCGGUUAAUAUAUAUAUAAACUUCUUUAUAGUCUAUCUUGUCCUUGAAGUUUAGUGUAAAGUAUUAUAGUAAUAAAGAAAAAAAUCAAUCGACCGGUAUUAUCGAGUAUCAUAUAUAUGUGUAAUUGUAAUUAAAUGAAAAGGUGAUUUCGUCCUUGUGUACAAUAAAAGUAUAUAUUUGUUUUGAGAUAUUGAUACACAGGACUUACUGGAAGUGUCACUGCCACGAGGUAACAUAAAAAAAAAAAAUAUAGGUAGUGAGAGUGAUUAUAAAGUAUAAUACAGUAAGUAGGUGGUUGUGUAGAAAGUGUGAAAGCCAAAGGUGGAGAAGCUUACAGCUACAAAAACGGCUGCCGAAGAGCGUAGACCGAGACCUGACGUGUCCACGACACGGGACACGGUGUCCGUCGGCCCCUAGGCCGUGUCACUACUGUUCCACUGCCCCAUACAACGCGGCCUCAUGAUUGGUUCAUUCUGGAACCUGUGCCGUGCGUGCCCUUCGAUGCCAAUUGAUAAGCUCCACUCAGAGUACAGGAGCACAUAUACAUGGCAUGAGUAUACAGGGCCGCAUCAGGAGCACACAGUUGUACGUCGUGCACCCCAAGCACCACCAACUUCCACGAAGCAAGUGACCGCGAAGCUACAAUCCGCCAAGUCAACUGAGGAUGAAAAUAAUACCGAAGGACCAACAUUGGAACCUCCAUUGCCGAGACGAAAGAAGUGCCCGGAGCUUGCUUACAGACAUCAUGAAUUCAUCACUGCCGCUGACGCUGGUGGAAUUGAUGCCGUGGACACCAAUGUCGUGGCUGAUAAAGUUCGGGAGGUGACAGGAAGCACAGUACUACCAGCAAGCCAGCUGAGCAAGGCGAUUUCACGGAUAAGUACUGAGUAUCGAUUGCAAUUCGCUUGGCCAAGGCGAGCCCAGCUGACAAAUGGCGAUACUGUAGCACAGCUACCAGCAGCUGGCGGUGCUAGUGGUAAUGCCGGUGGACCACCAAGAAAAUCAUUGAGCAUGGGUGCACUAAAACAAGGGAUACCUUCAUCAGGACCUGCCCCAGUUCACAUGAAAAAACGACCUGGAGAUGUUGAUCACAAACGCGAUGGAGUACAACCAUCUGAGCUCGAACCACUAGUGGGCAAUAAUACUGAUAAUAUUGACGGAGUCGUUCUUGAAGCUGAAGAACGUGAUGAGGAUCUUGCUGACCUCAAAGUUGCCUUCAGACCAAGAAAAUAUGCUGGUAAAGGUGUGCGUAUUAUCGACAACAAUAUCGCCGAAGAAAAUAAAAUAUUCAAGAUAAGUAAAGCGCCAGUGGAUAAUGAGUACUUGACAAAUGAGAUCAUUGAACUUAGACGACUUGCCGAUGAGUACAAGCACCGCGAAUGGGGAAGUUGUCUGGCAUCUGAAGAGGAAGCUACACUAUGGAAUCGUGUUUCAAAUAAUCACGCCCUCAACGCACUGUCCCUCGCCAGGUCGGUUACCAAAGAAGAAAAAGAGAAAGAAAAUACGCGGAAGGUUGCGCCUAUUUCAAAUAUGCCUCCAGCUGGAAGACCAUCGUCUGUACAAGCGAGACCAAUUUAUGAAAUUCUGCAAGAUGAUUUGAAAGCUGUUGAUACCGAGAAGGCUAUAGCUCGUGCUAGAAAAGAAUUUUUGUUCCGUCAUCAUUUAGAUCGCACCACUGGGAUAUGUGAUGGCGCAUUACUGCCUUCUCCAACAAGAGAGAAGCUGGAGCCAGUAGUGCCGCGACGUCGUGACGAUUCAAAAGAAUCUCACCGUGAAGAAAUUCAACCGCGUACUAAAUCAAGCCCCAAGAAUAGUCCGCGAACUGGUCGCUCUCAGAGUAUGGGUCCGUUAAGUAGAUCUCCAAAGCGACAAACACCAAGAACACCCUCAGUUAGCAAAGAUAUCAAGGAAAAAGAAAAAGAACAUAAAGAUAAAGAACCGAGAGACAGAAGUGGCGAGCCAGAAAGGCAUCCACGUCCGAGCAACGUAGUAGCGGGUGUUUCAGCGGUCGGACGUGUACGUUGGAGCAUAAGAGAGUCGUCUAAGUCGUCUAUGCCGUCCUCCUCUUCCUCAAAACCCCCUGUUGUUGUGUCGUCGGUGAAAUCGUCUACUUUGAAUGAGCAACCCAUACCACCGUUACCACCGCCACCUGGCCCUGGGCCCACGCCACUCCAAAGAAGGCCCUCACCGAGGGUACAGCGCAAACCCUUCCUCGCGACAACCGCUUCCCCUCGUCCUCUUCAUCUUGCCGCGAAAACAAAUCUACUAUCAAAUACAACAACAACAACAUCAACAACAACAACAAAUACAAAAGUUGCCCCAAAUAAGCUUCACGCGGUUCAUCAAAGCGCUCGCGACCGCUCCGUUGGCCGGUCAGCCAUCAAGUCAGCCUCAGCAGCAGCAACCUCGGGCUCGAGAUCAUUGGACCGGGUCACCAGUAAUAAUCGUAAUAAUCUUAGUCAUAGUCCAGUAGUUGCGCGAGCCCGAGGAUCAGCCAAAGCCAAGGCAGCAUCCGCGCCUACUGCUGAUCACCCAUCCAAAUCAUCCUCUAUCACCGACAAUCGAAUUCAAUCGUACCGAGCUAAUGCAGCCCUGCAAGCUAUGACCGCGGAGCCGCAUAUGAAUGGGGACGGAACGGGCGGCGAGUCAAGCGUAGCGUCGACCCCUCCGUCGCAAGCUGCCACCGUGUCGGCACCAGCGGCAACCGCGGUGAUAACAAGCAGCCCGUGGUUCGACGACGAGCCUGUGAUAAAGAGUCCACCGGAGCCGACACGCGUAAAAAGUCCGGAGCAAAUGAUAAUGCGGUCACCGGAGCCAGUAAAUUGGACGGUGCCAUUGGACACCGGGAAGACGUUCACGGUGACGCAGAAUGUUCGCGAGGGAGAACCGCUAACGAGACCUCACAGCGAAGCGAAAACCUGGGCAGCACCAACAGUCCACUCAGCACCGCAAUCAGCACCACCGGAACUGGCGGCACUGCACAAAUCUCAUCCGCAACAGCAGCACUCUCAGCACUCGGGUUACAAGUCUCCGGAGAGCGAGAGCGUAUCACUGGGGAGUUACACGGGUCUAAACGGUCACAAGGAUAUGGAUUCAGAGAGGGACAGUCCAUUACCAAGCAAUCUACAGGGUACACCGACCCCAACCCAAAGUGAUAAGGGUUCAAUAGCAGCAGAUAAACCAGAAGAAUCUAAAGACCCAGCGAUAAAACCUGUCGCCGGUACGAGCUUGAGAUGUUUAGAAGAUCCAGUAUUUGAAUUUGAAAAGAGUAAAACCGAGGGAGUGCCAGCAGUGGCAACAACAGCACCAACAACGACAUCAACAUCAACUGCCACAGGAUACCGUGUCCUUGAGGCAGAAGAUCCAGUUACAGAAUCACCAGCAUCUGUCCCAACAGGAUCCGGUUAUCAUGUACUUGAAGCACCAGCUUUGAGUCCAGGUUCAGCUCAACGAUCGGUCGCGAGUGACGUACUCGAGAUCGCUCGCAAUAGAUUUGAUAAAUUCUGGGGCAAGGGCUCUGAUAAUCAAGCUUAAAUAAUAAUCUUUAUAUACUGAUACUCUAUGAUACGACGGGAUGAUAUAUAUGUAGGCGAGCAUUGAUGAUAAAUGAAUGAAUUUAAUGAGAUAAAGAAUGAUGACAACCAAAAAAAGGUGUCAAGUUUUUUAGGUGCUUGUCAUCUUUAUUAAGCGUGUGCUUGUUCUUUGUAGAGCGUGAUAAUAGUGUGAAAACUCUUGAAGAUUAAAAAAAUGAUAAUGAUAAUGAUGAUGAUGAUGAUGAUGGUUAUUAUGAUAAAGCUGAAGAGGAAGCAAAGAAAGGAGAGAUUGAGUAGAAUGACAAAUACCAGAUUCAGAGUAGCGAUUAAAUCGCUGAUGAGCUUCAUAUGCUAUCGUAUAAAUCAAUAGUCUGCUUUAUGCAUUUUAGAUUUAUGUCGAUUUAUGAUGCGAGGGAAACAGGAUAUUGAUCAUUAAUAUGAUUUAUAUCAAUCAUGUUAAUGAUCUGAAUGACGAAGAUGAUGAUGGGAAUGUUUAUCAUUUUCAUUGAUUGCAUAACAUUUAUUAAAAAUUGAGCUUUAGUUAAGGUCAUUCUCAGACAGUGCUCCCCACUUUUUUUAACUUUUUAAUGACCCAACUGUCAGGUGUAUUAAAAUUUUAUUAAUUAGUUCAAAAAAAUUGAAGCGUUAAUUGAAAAAAGAAUGAAGGCAAUUUUUCUGAGAUAUAGAUUUUUAAAAAAAUUACUUGCAGUUAUCAAUUAGGAGUUAAAUAAAAUUUUUUUACUAAAUUUGAAAAUUCUCAUUAAAAAAUUGACAUGAUUUUACUGAAAUUUAUUUUCCAAAUUUCGCUUAGCUCCUAAUUGAUGACAAGUGUAGGUAAUUUUUUUUGGCUAUAUCAGGAAAAUUGUGACUACAUCCUUUUUUUAAUUAAUGCGUUGUCAUUUCCAUAUCCCGCCACUUUUUAAAAAUAUUCAGUAACUGAACUGCUAUAGCUGUAGUAAAAUUAUAUUAAUUAAUUAAAAAAAAGGACGAUUUUGCCGGCAUCCGAAAUGGAAGUAGAUUUAUUACGAUAAUUGUUUCACUUUUAAUAAGCAUAUAUAAUUUAAUAAUCACCCAUCAAAAAUUUUCAGAGAUAUAAACAAUGGCAUCAUUACCAUAACACAUGAGUCAAUUAUGUGACUUUGAACCCUUAUUGAAAGUGAAACAAUUAUUGUAAAACAAAAAAAAAAUGGAAAAUUUAGCUUUUUCUAUCGGCUAUCAAGUUAUUUUUACAUAAUAAGGAUAGAUAUACCCGUUAAAAAGUUAUUUACGAAAAAAACCAAAAAGUAGGAUUUUUUGGGAUUUCAAAUGUCCACCGUUUCUAAACUAGUUGACCGAUUUUGCUCAUCUCGAACUUAACCAAGCUUAUCGUUCAUAGAAUAAGUGUGCCAAGUUUCAUUAAGAUCUGUUAAAAAUUGUGGCCGCUAUCGUCGCAACAUGGCGCGUUAUAUUACAUAUAUAUAUCAACUUUUGAACCAAUGGUAUUUUUGGAACCUACUCGAUGAAUUAUGAUAGAUUAGGGCAAAAUUUUUUGAAAAUUCCACCAUGAGGACAAAUGCAAAAGAUAGAUUUCUAUGAAAUCUACUAAAAGCUUACAAUUAACAUCAAUUAGAAGUUAAACGAAACUUUUUAAAUAAAUUUCAGUAAAUUCAUGUCAAUUUUUAUAAUUCGAAUUUUCAAAUUUUGUAGGCUUAAAAUCACUUACCAAAUUUCGUUUAACUCUUAAUUGGUACCAACUAUAAAUUUUUUUUUAAAUUAAUUAAUAAAAAUUUACUACAGUCAUGAAGUAAUUGAAUAUUUAAAAAAAGUGGGGAUAUUAAGAUGCCCUUAAUUUUUUAAAAAAUUGAUAAAAUUUAGAUACACUUGACAGUUGAGUGAUUGAAAAUUUAAAAAAAGCCGGGAACACUGCCUGAGAGUGACGUUAAGCUAUUUUAUUAGCUUAUCAAAAUAAUCACGAGCUUUUAAAAUCAUCCUUUAAAUUAAAAUUAAAAAUUAUUAAAUAAUUAACGCUUUUAUUCCAUAAUCACAAGCCUCGUGAUCAAGCUCCAUAUUUAUUUUAUCAUAAAAUAAUUAAGUAAUUAAAUAAAGUUUAGAUAGGUUGCACUAAAAAACAACAAAAGUUUUUAAAUAAAAUACAAUCUGAAGAGAUAUGAUAAUUAUCAAGUAAACGUAGCAGUACGUUAAUAAAAUUCCGUCUGAAAUUUUUUAAUACACAUAACAUCAUUUUAUUUAUACUUGAGGUAAUUCAAAAUAUUUAAUCAGUUUUCCAUACUGAUGUAUAGUCAAAAAAAAAAUGCUUAUUUGUUUUAUUUUUACUAAACGAAUACAAGCAAAAAAUAUAAUUUCAAAGAUUACUUUGAGUUCAAUGCUGGUUAACCGGCAGAAUUUAUUAAAAAAAAAAAAAAUAAUAAAAAAAAAAUGCUUUGAAGCGAAACCCCUGAAGAAAUGUUCCCCGAGGGACAAAUUAAUACGAGGAUUCAAUUUAAAUUAUAAUUAAUAAUAAACGUAUGGAUGAUUGUCAUUAUAGAGAAGAAACUAAAAUAGAUAGACAUAAAUAAUAAAUUAAUACAUUGCCAUAAAUGAUAAAGAUGAAUAGCAGACGUAAAAAAAAAACUAAAAUUUAUAAUCAACAUUUUUUAAUAAUAAAUAAUCUCAUAAUUUAAUAAUACUUAUACUUAACGCUGCUAUGUACUGGUAACUUAUUACUUCGGGGAACAAUCUUCCUCGCUGGUGUUUUAAUUAUGAGAGAAUUCAUCCAACAAUCGAAUUAUUAACACCAGAAAAAUAAUGCAGAAGAUGAAUAAUUUGAACUAACGAUUGUGGAGAGGAGAAAAAAAGGGGAGAGACGAAAGGAUUUUUAUACUAAAGUAUAAAAUAUUCGGUUUGAAGGAAAAAAAAAUGAAAGAACUUAAAUACGAAUGAAUGAUUGCGUAAUUAAAAAUAGCAAUAUACAAUGAGCUUUAUUCUCUCACGCGUAAAAAUACACCAGUGUACCACACUCCAUCCAGAUCCACGUCCAAAGUCCAGAGAAACCAACCAACCGUAGUGAACAUUAUAAAAAAUUUAACUAAACAAACAAACGAACAAAAAAUAAAUAAAAAAUAAAAAGUUAAGGAAAAGGAUCAAAACGUUUUAGCGAACCAAAGAACAAAAUAAAUGAAUAAGUACAUAAAUAAAGAUAAAAAUGACUGAUGGAACAAUGAACGUAGGACUCAGGAGGACUUUUGCGAUUAGAGAGAGUUAAGCGAUUUAAAUAUGAAUAAAGUUUCCUUAAUCUCAUUGAGAUUUAAAUCCUGUACUAAAAGGACUCGUGGCUCCGAGCUUUUUAUUUUUAUUUAUUUAUUUAUUUAAAUAAUUAUUUAUUUUAUUUAUUUAUUUAUAUAAUAAAGAUCUUAUAAUACCCGCAGCCUCUCUCUCGCGUUUAAAUUAAUUAGCUAAACUUGGCGGCAUACCUAAUUAAUUUAUUUGUUUAUUAAAGUAACUAGUAAUACCAUUGACAAAAAAUAAAUUACCAUUACAAGCACUUUGCAAGCUCACACUGCCCGUUUAAAUCUAGGCACUUGUCUUGUGAUCUGGACAAUUUUAUUUCCAGGAGUUAUAAAAUAGUGUAUUAUACACCAAGGGAGAAAAAUAGGACAUUAUGCGCCCGUGUGUAAUUGCGUACCCGAGCCGAAGGCAAAAGUGGCAAACACGUGGAUCGGGUCCUACCUUCCUUGGUGUCUAUAAAGUUUGCAAAAGAAUGGGAUUUUCCCACUACUUGGCUAUGAUGAAGUCCAUAAUUUUGAACCAACGCGCAUGCGCAGCAAUGACUUGUGAAAAUGGUGGGAGAAAACCCCAUUGUUUUGCAGACAACUAUACACAAUUUUUCACCAGAUCUGCACCUGAAAAUUUAAAUUUUUGUUUGUACAAAAAAUUGGCACAUGCGCUAAUUUUUGACACUUGUUUUCUCAUAAAAGAAAAGACUUUCUUUCCUUUAAAUAGAAUAGAAAUUUAAACUUUCGGUGCAGGUAUGGUGAAAAAAUAGUAUAUUGUGUGACGAGGGAUGAAAUAAAACGAUUUCAGAUCAGAGUGCAGUUGGCUGACAUCCGCAGUCUGAAAUCGUGUUUUAUCCUGAGUUACACACUAGACUUUUCAUGAUUACCUGCAUUGGAAUUUAAAGUUUCAGUGUUAGCAGCUAGUCAAAAACAAGUUAAUUUAAGACCAAUAAAGUGAUCAACUAUUAAAUUGUCAUUUGCAAUUUAUAAUUAAGCAGAAACUAUAAAUACUAUUGAUUAUUGACACUAAUUUUUAUAAAACUCAAUCAAAGUCAGAACUCUCAGUUGCGUAAAUAAAAUUAAUGGUCUCAAAUUUCCAUUAAGAGGAUGUGCCAUCUAUUCUCUUUCUCACACACAUGUGAACGAACGGAACUGUCCUCGUUGCACUUACAUUAGCAAAUGGAAAUUUCAAAUGAGCCGUUCUCAGAUAUAAACUGCAAUUUCUGAACGAGUAACAUUUCAUUCGAUAAAUAAUAAGUUUAAGCAUCGAAUGACAUAUUUCGUUUAAUAAUUUGGGUCUUUACCUGUGAAAACGGUUCAUUUGAAAAUCACCUGAUACACUCUCUUAAACAAAUAAAGUAUCAGAGUUUAAAUUGCGAGUCUUCAGUCAGCGGACAGAAACUUUAUUUUCUUCCCAAGGGUCGAAACGUUUGUUUCUGUCCCUGAUUGAAGGAAUUCACAAUUUACGCGCUUGCUAAUAUUAAUUCGCGGCAUUGGACUGAAAUUCGCUUCUUUAGACUGCCUGUAGAGACACUGAAACUUUAAGAUUCAAUGCUGGUAUCAUAAAAGUUAUUGAAACAAAUAAAUAAUAAACAAAAAAAAAAAUGUGAUCCUUCCCUUUGUCCUGACGAUAAAAGGGCACUUGAUUUUUGUUUUUGUAUUAAAAUAGACUCGAUUGUCGUUUCUAGACGCAACGGAUCGACUCACGUGCUGGUCACGACUUUUUUUUACAUGUAUUAAUUUUAAAAAAUUAACUUAUCGAGUUCGAACUAUGAACUAAGAUCAAUUUAAAUAAGAACUGAUAAUAAAAUACGAGCUUCUAGGAACGAUAAAUCAAUUACAGUAAGACAAUCCCACAUUCGGUGUUAUUUGUACAAGGGAUUACGGAGUAGAGUAGUGGUAUGCUGCAGGAGAGAGAGGAUUCAAGUAGGAUGGGGGGAAAAUAUAUAAAUAUAUAUAUAUUAAUAAAUUAAUACUUAAUAAUAAUAAUAAUAAAUAAUUAAUUGAUUAAUUAAUUAAUUAAUUAAUUAACAGAGUAAGAUAAUCGUUGUGGAAAUGCCCAAGCGAUCAAGGCAACCCGGGAUUUAAUUUUGCAUCCCCGCCUUAGUCCGUAAUGCCUAUUAUAAAUAGAUAGAUCAUAUAAUAACGAUAAAUAUACAAUAUAACAAUUAAAUGAAUGAUGAAAGGUAAAAAUAAAAAAAAACACGAUGAAAGCUAUUAAUAAAAUAUUUAAAAAUGGUAAUGGAAGUUAAUAAAAUGCAUUAAAUGGUUAAAUACCGACACUGUUUUGCUAAAAUACGAGAAAUAUUAUAAAUGAUAAUUAAUAAAUAAAAUGUAUUGUUGAUUUAAUGUUUAUAUAAAAUGUCAGAGUUUAAGAUCGGAGAUACAACGAAUUUGUAACUCGUUAUAAGACACAAUUAUUUGUAUUUAUAAUUAUUUUUUUUUAUUUGUAAUCAAAAGUUUGUGUAUUAAUGAGUAUAUUAAAAUAUUAUUCAUAUAUUUAUAAUUAUAAUUAUAAUUAUAAUUAAUUAAUGUAAUGAGACCGAUGGUGAUAAAGAUAAAGUGAAAGUGAAAGAUUUAAAGAGGGGAGAGACAUAAAUUUUAGUUAAUUAUUGGCCUCUGGUGUUGCCUUAUCAAUUAUUUUUGCAGGGUAAUUAUUAUGUAAUCGUGAUGUUAAUCAAAGCUUUUAAUAAAAAUAUAAAAGUUUCUCAUAUUUUGCAAAACAGUUUACGGCAGGAUAUUUAAUAAUAAAUGAAAACAAAAAUAAUUGACAUGACUGAGUCUAUUAUUUUGCAGUAAUUACGUUUGAUACAAUUUUUCCUCGCGUUAUAUCGUUGAUAAUUAAAGUAAUUAAUAAAAGAUAAAAAAAA